AUGCCAAUUCAACUGAAAAAACCACGUACAAACAAGAUCCCAGUAAAAGUGGAAAACAGUGAUAGCCCAUCACCGGCAGAACCAACGAAUACGCAUCACAGUGCACAUGAAAUGCCAACUAGAAUGCAAAAUAGUAUUUUUGAGCACAUGAUGAAUGUUCUCAACAAGGAACUUUUUAAAGGUAUGUCAGAAAACCAUUUGAAUAGCUCCAAUCCGACACUUUCACCGAUGCAGCCUGGACAAAAUAGAAACUUUGCACCGUCCGCGUCUCAUUUCAAUCCUUUCGGGCCGACUGCAGCACCUAUUCCUCUCAACUUUUUGGCUCAAUUCAUGCCAAACUGCAGUCAAACUACACAAAUGGGACCACAAAGGUUACCACAUCAAUAUUACGGGAAUCCAGCGUCGGGAACUUCUCUUUUGAAUGCGACACCAACUUCGGAACCACCACCAAAAAGGAUGAAGCAUGAUAUCGAAUCGAUUUUGGGAAUUGAUAAACAAGUGAAGACCCGUCUCCCAGUGGCAGAAAAUACCAUGAAAAAUAUGGAGGUACUAGUGCAGAAUGUCAAAAGAAUCCAUCCAAAUCCCUUGGGAGACAUCGUGCAUCCGAAAGAAAUCGAACCAAAAAAAGGACGAAUGUAUCGCAAAAUCGUUGAAAACAAUGUAAAAUAUCACAAAAUUCGAAAAAACACCCCAUUGGAGCGAAUGUUCAAUGAUAUGAAGAAAGAAUUGAGUUGGGAAUCUCCAGAUAUUAGAUUGAUUCAAAAAGAAGUCACUUUGAUUUCAAUACACACAGGAGCAAGACAAUGUGACGUGAUUCAAUUCUUUGGUCUCAAAGAAGAACCAGUUGUUACCAAUGAAGGAGUUCCACAAGAAAACGAAAGUAGAGAAAGUGCAAUGAAGAAACAAUUUCAGAAACUUCUGGAAAUGAAUGUUUUGGAAUAUUUGUCAACAAGCAAAAACAAUAACCCAAAUUUCACAAUAGAACACGUUAAAAUAGAUAAAGAACAGGAAAUGCAGGCAAAAUGGUAUCUCUUGAGUAAACACUUCGGGCCAUCUCAGCCUCAAAGUCAAACUCAAGCUCCACUAAGAGUACCAACCACAGUGAAGUUUGCAGACAUUGGAAAGUGUCCGGUGACGACGAAUGCACCUCCGAACACAUCAGAAAGAGUGUCUGCCAUAACCCUUCAAACCAAAAAAAUAAUGCAUAAAAUGGAUCGUUUUGGAACCACUUUGAACACCUUCUCCCACCAAAACUCAACAGUGACCAUGAACAAAUCCAACACAGAUGCUCAAAAGGCUCAAGAUCAAAAACCAAUGGAAGUCGAAGCAAAUGAAUCUCAAAGAUAUCCGGAUUUAGAAGCAAGUCAAGAGUUAGAGAUAGAUGAAGCUGCAAGAGCUCUUAAUGACUUGCAAUCUAUGUGGAACACCACAGGAACGACAGCAGAGACGAUUGAGAAGAUUGGGAAACCGAUAGCAGGAGAGUAUAAAGAACCUCCUCGGAAUGUUAUGGAACCUCCGGUCGACCUGAAAAUGUCAAAUUCAUCUAAGAGUCCAGUGCCACCUUCUAAUCAAGAUGUUAGCAUACAGUCUUCAUUACCUCACAUGGCUACUGCUCCUGAAACUUCUCUAUUCGUGCCUAUGAAAUCAGAAAUUUCUGAAAAAUCGUCACACAACCCUGGAGAACUUCCGGGAGCCGAAAUUUUUGGUUCUGCAAUCUCUCCGAUUCUGCCGAGGAAAUCUGAUGGGCACAAAAUGGUUCAAAGUCGGACAGAAGCUGAAGUUGAAGCUACUGGUGCGGAAUUUCAAGCUAUGAAAGUUCCAACUGAGAAACCCGUUUGGAAAACUGAAGAUGUUCAAAAACCCAUUGAAAGAGAGGGAGCGAUAGAACCUAAAACUAAGCAGGAAACAGUUCGGUCAUCUAAGAAGUCAGAUGGAAAAGAUGUGAUGGUUCCAAGACAAGAAGAGGCAAUGUUUUACAACGAGCAAUCAUCAACAACUGUAAUGCCUUCCAUCCAAAAAGAGGCAACAACAUUCGGAAAGCUUUCUGGUCAAUCUGAAAAGCAGAAGGUUCUGGAUGUUAAAAGUAUUCUCGAAUCUGAAGCAAAGAAAAGGAUGGCAAGGUCAUCAAGCAGGCAAAAUGAAAAAGCUGAGGCUCCUCCGGCGUCUUCAAGCAACCAGAUUGCUCCAAUAAUGCCCGAAAAGUAUGGAAGGCCAACUAACAAACGUUUGAGCCAAUUAGAAGAACAGAAAGACUCAGAUAUUCAGAACAUCGGAAAACACAAGGCUAAAAUAGAAUCAAAGACAGAAUUUAGCAAGCCAGAAAGAAAAGUUGCCAUAGUUUCAAGACAAGAGAUUUCAUUGGCGUCUUCUAGCAACCGAAAUGCUCCCACAACAUUCGAAAAUCUUGAAGGAUCAACUGGAAAAGUUCAAAGGCCAAUUGGAGACAAGCAACGUUUUGUGACUGACAAAACGAUUGCCGCUCCUGGAAGUUUUUCCUUAAAAAGAAAGCAUGAAGCAGAUGAUGAAGCUAACCAGCGAUCCGCAAAUCAACUGAAAAUUGACGCGCUCAGAGAAGAUUGUGUCAGAAUAAGCAAAAAGAUCAAGAAACAUGUUUUGAGUAAAUCGGAACAUGUUUAUGAUUACAUUCUGAAACAAUACCAUUCGGAUCUGUGGGAGACGCUUCUGAAGCAGGAUCUCAGCACCACCAAUGGACCGGAACUCUUCAAUCCGGAGAGCUUUCCAGACUGCGAGAUCACUCAAAAACCUCUGAAGAAAGGAGAGUUGCCUCCUUGCUUCACUGAGGACUCCAUUAAAAUUGCGUGUCCGCAGUGUUUCCAACUGUCCUAUACGGAACCAGAGGUGUCACAAGUGUAUAGAAAUAAAGUGAGGGACUCUCGGUUAUACAGAAAACGAUAUUUUUGGUUCUCUUAG